GGGAUCGUGCAAUUCAAUAUGGCGGCGAUUGGUGUUGUGCGUUUGUGAGUGUCAGGACAGAGACCGGGUAUAAUACAAGAUUAAUUGUGUUUAAACGGAAUACAAAAAAAUGUCGAAACCAGACGAAAAUGUCGACACAGGAGACACAGGAGACAAUUCGAACGGAUCUUCUGCAGAGACCACAUCGUCUCGUGGCGGAGACUUCGAAACAAAACUCGAGACUGAUCGAAGUAAACGAUUUGAUUAUUUACUAAAACAGACUGAAAUAUUUUCUCAUUUCAUGACGAACAAUCAGAAAGAUAAAGCCGGAAGUCCUUUGAAAAUCAAAGCUGGCAGGCCUAGGAAACAACCAGAGGCUCCAGUAAAAGCCGAUUCCGGUGAUCACAGACACCGUAAAACAGAACAAGAGGAAGACGAGGAAUUGUUAGCAGAGAGCAAUGCAAGUGUAGCGCCAACUACGCGUUUCGAAUCGUCGCCGCACUACAUUAAAUCCGGUGAGUUACGAGAUUAUCAAAUACGAGGUUUAAAUUGGAUGAUAUCCUUGUAUGAGAAUGGUAUCAAUGGUAUCUUGGCGGAUGAGAUGGGUCUGGGAAAAACGCUUCAAACUAUUUCACUGCUGGGAUACAUGAAACACUUCAGAAACAUUCCUGGCCCACACAUAGUCAUUGUACCAAAAUCUACUUUGGCAAAUUGGAUGAAUGAGUUCAAAAAAUGGUGUCCCACUCUGAGAGCAGUUUGCCUCAUAGGAGAUGCAGAAACCAGAAAUACUUUCAUUAGAGAUGUUAUGAUGCCUGGUGAAUGGGACGUUUGUGUGACGUCUUACGAAAUGGUUAUCAAGGAGAAAUCAGUAUUUAAAAAAUUCAAUUGGCGAUAUAUGGUAAUCGAUGAAGCUCAUAGGAUAAAAAAUGAAAAAUCAAAAUUAUCAGAGAUAUUAAGAGAAUUUAAAACAGCUAAUCGCCUUUUGUUAACUGGAACACCUUUACAGAAUAAUCUCCAUGAACUGUGGUCUUUGCUCAAUUUUCUAUUACCUGAUGUGUUUAAUAGUUCAGAUGAUUUUGACUCAUGGUUCAAUACCAACAGUUUCUUGGGUGACAACUCGUUAGUUGAAAGACUACACGCAGUUCUUCGGCCGUUCCUCCUGAGACGCUUGAAGUCCGAAGUAGAAAAAGGACUCAAGCCAAAGAAAGAAAUUAAAGUAUACAUUGGUCUCAGCAAAAUGCAAAGGGAGUGGUAUACCAAGGUACUCAUGAAGGACAUAGACAUAGUUAACGGUGCUGGAAAGAUCGAAAAGAUGCGACUACAAAACAUUUUGAUGCAGUUACGCAAAUGCUGCAACCAUCCAUAUUUGUUUGAUGGUGCAGAACCUGGACCUCCUUAUACUACUGAUGAACAUCUUGUUUACAACUGCGGUAAAAUGGUGAUAUUAGAUAAAUUAUUGCCAAAAUUACAGCAACAAGAAUCACGAGUUCUUAUAUUUAGUCAAAUGACAAGAAUGUUAGACAUUUUGGAAGAUUAUUGUCACUGGAGGGGUUUCCAGUAUUGCCGUCUAGACGGAAACACGGCGCACGAAGACAGACAGCGUCAGAUCAACGAAUACAACGCACCAGAAAGCGAGAAGUUUAUCUUCAUGCUGUCGACUCGCGCGGGUGGUUUAGGUAUUAACUUGGCAACAGCCGACGUAGUUAUUAUUUAUGAUUCUGAUUGGAAUCCGCAGAUGGACUUGCAGGCAAUGGACCGGGCCCAUCGUAUAGGACAACAAAAGCAAGUACGAGUGUUCAGGUUUAUUACAGAAAACACAGUGGAAGAAAAGAUUGUAGAACGCGCGGAAGUUAAGUUACGUUUGGACAAAUUAGUUAUACAGCAAGGACGAUUGGUCGACGCGAAGCAGACUGCGCUAAAUAAGGAUGAAAUGUUGAACAUGAUCAGGCACGGAGCUAACGAGGUGUUCGCGUCGAAGGACAGUGCUAUCACUGAUGAAGAUAUAGACACUAUUUUACAGAAAGGUGAGGCAAAAACGGAGGAGAUGAAGCAGAAAUUAGAAAGUUUGGGUGAGUCAUCUUUACGUAACUUCACGGUUGACGCACCUACGGAUUCCGUGUAUCAGUUCGAGGGCGAGGACUAUCGUGAAAAGCAAAAGAUUCUGGGACUCGGCAACUGGAUCGAACCGCCUAAACGAGAGCGCAAGGCCAACUACGCGGUCGAUGCUUACUUCCGAGAAGCUCUCAGGGUGUCGGAACCAAAAGCUCCAAAAGCACCCAGGCCUCCGAAGCAACCGAUUGUCCAGGACUUUCAGUUUUUCCCGCCACGAUUGUUCGAGUUGCUUGAUCAAGAGAUCUACUACUUCCGGCAAACCGUGGGAUACAAAGUUCCUAAGAAUCCUGAGCUUGGAUCGGACGCGGCCAGAAUUCAGAAAGAAGAGCAACGUAAGAUAGACGAGGCUCAACCGUUAACCGAUGAAGAGGUCGCAGAGAAGGAGAAAUUGCUCACUCAAGGUUUUACAAAUUGGACGAAAAGGGACUUCAAUCAGUUCAUUAAAGCGAAUGAGAAAUACGGUCGAGACGAUAUCGAAAAUAUCGCGAAAGAAGUGGAGGGGAAAACGCCGGAAGAGGUGAUGGAAUAUUCGGCCGUAUUCUGGGAACGUUGCCACGAGCUGCAAGAUAUCGAUAGGGUGAUGGCCCAAAUCGAGCGUGGCGAAGCGAAGAUACAAAGACGAGCUGGCAUCAAGAAAGCUUUGGACGCUAAGAUGGCAAGAUACCGUGCCCCGUUCCACCAAUUAAGGAUAGCCUACGGUACGAACAAAGGAAAGAAUUACACCGAAGAAGAGGAUCGUUUCCUAGUUUGCAUGUUGCACAAACUCGGUUUCGAUAAAGAGAACGUUUACGAAGAACUUCGAGCCACGGUCAGAUCAGCGCCGCAAUUCCGUUUCGACUGGUUCGUCAAGUCCCGUACGGCUUUGGAAUUACAACGACGAUGCAAUACUUUGAUUACCCUGAUAGAACGCGAGAAUCAAGAGUUGGAAGAGCGGGAGAGACAAGAGAGGAGAAAGAAGGGUGGCAGUAUCGGCGCGAAACCUGCGUCCAAACGGAAGCAAGAAAACUUGCCUGCGCCGCAAGAUAAACCACGGAAAAAGAAGAAAUAAGUAUUGGUUCUGCCGGAAGAACUGAAGUUUCUGUUUGUUUCUUCAGACAUCACAACCAUCGUUUCAUUGUUUAUUCUCCUUCCGAUAUUUAACUUCAUUCAUGUUCAACAAAUUCGACGUAACGUCGCGUCGUCCUUCCUCUCAUACUUUGUGGCCCGUGUUUUCAGUGUAAUUAUAUUCAACUCGCUUCGCUCUCAAAGGACGAUAGUUGAAUUCAACGUGCGUGGAAAUAAAAAUUUAUUAAUAAUGGCGAAAAUUUACUUAUUCAUAAAGGAAACAAAUAACAAUUAAAAACAUAUUUUUGAAUGUAAUAUCAAACGAUAGCUCUUUUUUUAUAUAUUUAUACGUAUAGAGUUUUUUUGACUUGUUACUGCAAAUACCUGUGCAUUCGAUUACAACGUAGGCUUCUUUUAGAUAAAAGAAAGAAAGAGAAAGAAACACGAAGAAGAAAGAGAAAUUUCACGAUUUUAGUUUGGAAAAACUUAUAAGGAGCUUAGAGUCUUAUGUUCCCGUUAUGUGUUGGGGUAUAACGUUGCUUUCCUUUAGCUGAGAAUAAGGUAGGCUUGUUAAAUGUUUCUCGAAUGAUCAUCAAUGAAACAUCAUUUAUGGGAAUCUGAUUGUAGUAUGGAUUUAAAUUAUGAGAUUUGUUAAUUUAUAAUUUUGAAGUUUUAAAAAAAGCGACUAAAAAGGAAAAGUAAUGCAUAAGUGGUUCCUAUGUUCAACGAACGUAUUUUAAUCUGUCAUGGCCGCUUGCUUGCGCAUGCGCGUUGCGUGAAAAAGUAGUUGCAAAAGGAAUUUGGCGCGCGAAGGCUCCCUACAUUUGAUGGGUUUUAAAAUUGAAAAAAAAGUGUCCCGUCGUUUUAAAUUUUUAAGAAGGUUAUGAAAAACUUCACGUAAACUUUCCUGUAUUCGCAUAUAAAAUGAAAGUGAACAAGGAUAGUGAUUAAAUCCUUUUUUAACAUUUCCUCUUAAUCGAAGGAAGCCUAAGUUGUUACAUGACCGUUCAUUGAAGUUAAAGAAAUAUGACACCAAUCGCAAUCUAUGUAGUUCACACGUGAAUGCGUAUGUACCUUGAUUUCAUUCUCUACACCGAGAAACAUGUACUGUAAUAUUACAUGAACGAUUUUAUUUAUUUACUAGCAUUUUAAUGGCAUUGUAAUUCGUUUUACGAAUAAAAUAUCAUGUGCCGCAUCAGGUGAAAAUCUAA